AUGUAUGCAAUUAUUGCAUUGUUGUUCUUGUCUCCCAUUUGGGCCUCUCCUCUUGGCCGCCCAGCCGACGAACUAAUACCAACAAUUGAUGCGUCUGCCAAGGCAUCACCUACGCCGGCAGAUUAUCAGUGGUCGGCAGGAUGGACGGCGACAAUCCCUAUUCAUGAGUCCUGUAAUAGCUCAUUCAGGGCACAGAUCAAUCAAGGCCUAGAUGAAAUGGUCCAGCUGUCUGAGCAUGCACGCAACCACCUUUUGCGAUGGGGUCAUAAAUCUACGUUUACCCAAAGAUAUUUUGGCAAUGGCUCCACGGCCCAUGCCAUCGGAUGGUAUGAUCGUAUUAUUCUAGCUGAUAAGAGCGAUAUGCUGUUUCGCUGCGACGACCCCGACAGUAAUUGCGAUAUACACAAGGACUGGGGCUCUUACUGGAGACCUAAUGCCACUGCCGAGGUCAAUGUUUGCCCAUUUGCAACCGAGUAUCGGCUCCUCUCAUCAGUCUGUAACCUCGGCCACACGGUAGCUGGGUCUGGACUUGAAUUAUUCUGGGCGACAGAUUUAAUGCAUAGGCUAUUCCAUGCCCCGAUUGUCAAUGAAGAUAUAGUAAAUCAUUUCUCAGAUGAUUACUCGGGCCUUUUGGAGCUUGCGAAAACAGAGCCAGAAAAGAGUGGCAUUGACAUGGACGCGUUGCAGUAUUUCGCCAUCGACGUAUGGGCUCACGAUGUUGCCGCCCCUGGCGUCGGCUGCACUGGCAAACCACCGCCAAAAAAGAGUCCGGCCGAGUCAGUAUCCGGCAGUCCUGCCACUGCUACUGCUACCGCUGCGUCUUCGUGCCACACCCACAGUGACGGGUCUGAACAUUGUGUCUAG